AUGGCACCCACUGUUUCCAUUUCCAUUUGCAUUCUGGCAGUAGUCGCAUGGGCUACCUGUAUCUUGUUUGUAGCAGCAUGUGAUUUAUCAGCACUAGAAUCGGAGGCGAAGGCUCUGCAGGAGACUGGGUGGUGGGGUGCCCAUAACAAUCACUCAAGUCGUUGCAACGGUAUUACUUGGAAUGCUGAUCAUGGAUACGUGACAGAGAUUUACUUGGCUAAUGUCUAUUUGGGAACAAACUUGAAACUCAACUUCUCAUCUUUGCCAAAUUUAGCCCGUCUGGAUCUUGUUGGAACUGCACUUCAAGGAAGCAUCCCACCUGAGAUAGGUACUUUAUCUAAACUUACCUACCUUGAUCUCUCCUACAAUAAUCUUCAAGGAAGCAUCCCACCUGAGAUAGGAACUUUAUCUGAACUCACCUACCUUUAUCUCAAGAACAAUAAUCUUCAAGGAAGCAUCCCAAUUGAGAUAGGUAUGUUAUCUAAACUAACCUAUCUAGAACUCUCCUACAAUAUUCUGACAGGUGUGUUGCCUCAUUCACUUACAAACCCCACCCAAUUAGAGUGGUUUGACAUUUCUUAUAAUCAAAUCACUGGACCAAUCCCUGCAUAUCUUUGGCUUUUUACCAAUCUCACCCAUCUGGCAAUGCAUGGAAAUCAAAUCAAUGGUUUUAUCUCCCAAAAAUUGGGAAAUCUAAAGAAUCUUGUUCGUUUGGAUCUGGGUCACAACAACUUUGUUGGACCCAUCCCUUCAUCUCUUUGGCUUUUAACCAAUCUCGCCUAUAUGGAUAUAAGUGAAAAUCAAAUAAAUGGCUCCAUCUCAGUAGAAAUAGGAAAUUUGAAAAGCCUGACCUAUCUGAAUCUCCAAGCUAACAAUUUCAUUGGUACAAUUCCUACUCGUCUAACCGAAUGCCAUAGGUUGACGGAGUUGCUAUUGAGCCACAACUACAUAAAUGGAAGCAUUCCCCCUAAGAUGAGUGACCUUCAUUCGCUAAAUUAUAUUAAUUUUAGUCGUAACUUUAUCAGUGGAGAAAUACCUUUUGAACUUGGGGAUAUGCCUUUAUCGCUCUUGGAUCUCAGCUACAAUAAGCUUACUGGCCUCAUUCCCUCUCCUUUCCCUGCUGUAAGACAACUCAACCUGUCUUACAAUUCUUUGAAGGGUCAAAUUCCAGACGGUUAUGUUUUGUAUCAUACAUCCGAAACAUUAAUUGGCAACAAUGAUUUAUAUGGUGACACCAUGGAUCUCCCUCAUCUCCCUAGAAACAGAUCAAUUGUAACAAAAAUAAAACUUUUUGUUCCUAUCAUCAUUUUUCUAGAAUUCUUAGUUCUUGGAGGUCUUCUCUUUUGGAAGUGUAAGGUCAAGAAAACCCAGUUUGAGUCAAGAGAAACAAAGAAUGGGAAUUUGUUCUCCAUAUGGAAUUAUGAUGGACAUAUUGCAUAUGAAGACAUCAUUGAAGCAACUGAGGACUUCAACAUAAAGUAUUGUAUUGGAACCGGUGUUUAUGGUAGUGUUUACAAAACAGAAUUACCUUGUGGCAAAGUGGUUGCCUUGAAGAAACUUCAUCGUUUGGAGGCUGAGAACCCAACUUUUGAUAUGAGUUUCAGGAACGAAGUAAAAGAGUUAACCGAGAUUCGCCAUCGAAACAUUAUAAAACUUCAUGGGUUCUGCUUACAUAAGCGAUGCAUGUUUUUGGUUUAUGAGUACAUGGAAAGGGGAAGCCUAUUUUACGUCCUAAACAAUGAUGUUGAAGCUAUGGAAUUGGAUUGGAGGAAGAGGAUGAACAUCAUCAAAGACACCGCCCACGCCUUAUCUUACAUGCAUCAUGAAUGCAUUCCAGCAAUUGUUCAUCGAGAUAUAACAAGCAACAAUAUUUUAUUGAAUUCUAAAUUAGAGGCUUUUGUCUCUGACUUUGGCACAGCUAAGCUCCUUGAUCCUGAUUCUUCUAAUCAAACGUUAAUUGCUGGCACUUAUGGUUACAUUGCCCCAGAGUUGGCCUAUACCAUGAAAGUCACUGAAAAAUGCGAUGUUUAUAGCUUUGGAGUGGUGGCACUGGAAAUAUUAAUGGGAAGACAUCCAAAAGAAUUGUUGAGUUCAUUAUCAUCACCGUCAUCUCAAAACGUGAUGUUACAUGAAAUAUUAGACCAACGUCUGCCACCUCCAAAUCACCUGGUUGCACAUGAUAUUUUUCAUGUCGCUACACUAGCAUUUGCAUGCAUACACACCAUACCAAAGUCUCGACCUACAAUGAAAUGCGUAUCUCAAGAAUUUCUCUCUCGGAAGAAGACAAUAGCCAAGCCUUUACAUGCACUUUCACUACGGCAGUUAAGGAAUCAAGAAAUGUAUAUGAUUGGAUUAGGGGAUGAAACUCAAUAA